CUUAGUCGCCAACUCAAUAGAAGCCUUAGGAAAUCACGUUAGGGAUUUCUUUGCCUGUUGAAAGAAUGAUUGCGAUUGAAAGGAAGAUUUCGGAAUGGAUGGUUGGUUUGGUGGGCCAGGAAAUGAUAAAAACGCGAUCGUAAGUGGAACGAUGGCAUAGGGUACUGCAGACCUCACACCGUGAUUUUAUGGGCACCUAUAAAAGGAGCAUAGCAGUGAGCACUUUAAACGAUCGCCGUUUAGUUGGUUGGACGUUGUCCAAUGGUUCGCUAUAUCAUGCCAAGAUAAAUAACGUGAACAGGAUGAACCGUGUCAAGUGUGCAGGGGCCUAACCUCUGUAACGAAUGCAUUGUGCUAGUCUGACGAUUCAUUAGUGUCCGUUUAAUGAGAAUCGAUAAAGAGAAUGAUGUUGCAGGUGGCAUUCCGGCUGAAAUAUUUCGUUUGCUCGAAAUACCCGUACAAUCAAUUGAUACGUUCGUUUCCUAUAGGCGCGAGCAAACAUAAAGUCAAAUAUACUAUUGAGAUAUGUGCUACACUGAAUUAGCCGCGUAGUUGUGGCACACAUAUAUGAGUAUGAACGUGUGUGGGAGUAUGUGCGUGCGCAGCGUCGCAAGAAACAGAAGAAUGCAACUGUUCCGUACGCGUGGUGGAAAAGAAGAUGGCGAGACAAAAAGAUUGCUAUGGGUACCAGACAUAGGAGCGGAAUUAACGGGAGGCUGUUACGGUUUCGCGGCCAAGUUUAUGCACUGGCCCGAGGAAUUACUCGUCGGUGGUGCUAAGCACAAUAAGACUGGUCACUUGACCCGUGCAGCUGCGCUUCAGACCGUUGUGCAGCUGAUGGGAGAACGAGAGCUUUACGAUUUCUUCGACAACACCUACAAGGUACAUAAUAUCGACUGGUCCCAGGAGAAGGCAUCGCAAGUACUUAAAACCUGGCAACGAGCGUUCAGCAAUCAAGUGAAGAAGCACCUGGGCGCGAAUGGCUCAGCGCCGUACAAUCUGUACGCGUUCAGCACAACCACCAUGAACGACAUACUUGGGAAGUACAGCGAGGUGUCCGUUAUGAAAAUCGCCAUAGGCUGCGCACUGAUGGUACUGUACGCGGGUAUAGUCCUUCUUCGAUGGAAGGAUCCAGUGCGUUCGCAAGCUGGCGUGGGCAUAGCCGGUGUAAUGCUCAUCUGCGCAACUGUGGCCGCUGGUUUGGGGUUCUGCGCCCUCCUGGGAAUCCCCUUCAACGCAGCCACCACUCAGAUCGUCCCUUUCUUAGCUCUAGGACUCGGUGUUCACGAUAUGUUCCUAUUAACUCAUACUUACGCUGAGCUCUCGGUAAACGAAGUGCCCAGUGGAGAACAGACAGGAGUGGUUUUAAAAAGGACCGGCCUAUCUGUCCUUCUAGCAGGAAUCAGCAACGUGUCAGCGUUCUUCGCUGCAGCGAUAAUCCCAAUUCCUGCACUCCGCGUGUUCUGCUUUCAAGCUGGUAUCUUGUUGCUUUUCAAUCUGGCCGCUAUGCUGCUUGUUUUCCCAGCUAUGGUAAGUUUGGACCUGAGAAGACGACGUUCAGGUCGUUCAGAUAUACUCUGUUGCUGCCUACCAUCGAACGCUGGCAGAAAUAAGUACGCCAAUAGAAUGAGCAAUGGUACCGCGAAGCAAACUGUAACGAGGGCGAUACCACCGGAACGCCGUGAAACCUGCACGCAAAUCUUGACAUCACAAAACGUGCAGAAUGAGUCCUGGGUCGGUGGAAAUAUCGAAGUGGACUUGGAUAAGCAGUGUAGCGAAGAAGACACCCUAACAGGAUGCAGCCAAGACGACUGUCUCACUUUCUCCUUAACCCAGUUAGCUGCGAAGCAUUAUGCUCCCUUCGUCACCAGACCAGCGACUAAGGUCUUUGGCAUGAUGAUUUUAAUCGCAGUUCUUGUUGGCUGUGUUUGGCAAGCUGUAAGGGUGAGCGAUGGUCUAGAGCUGACCGAUCUGGUCCCACAGAAUUCCAAUGAACAUGCUUUCUUAGCUGCCCAGGCAAAGCACUUUGGAUUCUACAAUAUGUAUGCUGUUACCCAGAGGGAAUUCGAGUACCCUAACAAUCAAAGAUUGUUGUAUGAGUAUCAUGAUGCCUUCAUGAGGAUAAAGAAUGUGAUCAAGAACGAUAACGGAGGAUUGCCCGAGUUUUGGUUAAGUUUGUUCAGGGACUGGUUGAAAGGACUGCAAAACGCGUUUGAUAGGGAUUAUAGCAAUGGAUGUAUUACACAGGAAAGGUGGUACAAGAAUGCUAGUGACGAGGCAAUUCUCGCUUACAAAUUGUUGGUACAAACUGGUCACGUAGACAAUCCUAUUGACAAAUCGUUAGUCACUCAAGUCAGGCUAAUCGAUUCAGAAGGGAUCAUCAAUCCAAGAGCGUUUUAUAAUUAUUUGAGUGCAUGGGUGUCAAACGAUGUUUUGGCUUAUGGUGCUUCUCAGGCCAAUUUAAGGCCAGAACCAAGGCAAUGGAUUUAUACUAAUGAUCAUGAAUUAAAGAUUCCAAAAAGCAUGCCUCUGACGUAUGCUCAGAUGCCAUUUUAUCUGCAUAAACUUACUGACACGCAAGAAAUUACAGAACUAAUUGGCAAUGUUAGAAAACUGUGCAAAAAAUUUGAGGAACGAGGACUACCAAAUUUUCCUUCUGGUAUACCAUUCCUCUUUUGGGAACAGUAUAUGGAUUUAAGAAAUUGUUUGGGUAUUGCUCUGUUAGCUGCUUUAACAGCCAGUGUUGCUGUCGUUGGAAUAUUAUUAUUGAAUUUCUGGGCAGCCUUGUUAGUCGGCACUUCUCUUGCUGCUGUGGUACUACAACUCUUUGGAAUCAUGGGCCUCUGCAAUAUAAAACUGAGCGCUGUUCCUGCUGUUCUGUUGGUCGUCAGCAUUGGAAUUGCUGUGCACUUUACAGUGCAUAUUUGUCUGAGUUUUGUUACGAGCAUUGGAAGCAGAGAUAGAAGGAUUCGGUUAGCUCUGGAGCACAUGUGCGCACCUGUAAUUCACGGAGCAAUAACAACUUUAUUAGCAGUCGUGAUGUUGGCCUUCUCCGAGUUCGACUUCAUCGUUCGGUAUUUCUUCUUGGUGUUGCUGUGUCUUAUUGGGAUCGGUUUGGUGAAUGGAUUAUUCUUUUUCCCCAUCCUGUUGUCUUUGAUCGGCCCAUCUCCAGAAGUAAUACCCAAUGACCAUCCGGAUCGUAUUUCUACGCCAACUCCACCUGCCUCGCCAAUCGUCAGAAGAUCGAAACCUCCUGCACCCCCCAGGAGAUCGUACAAAAUUGAUAACGCCAGGUUACACGCUGAACCAUCUCUCACUACCAUUACAGAGGAACCCAAUUCAUGGCACAGUACACAGGAGUCUUGUAUUAUUGUUCAGCCAGAGUUGAAGGUUGAAACGACAUCAACUUGUGGCAACCAGAACUGUAGCGGAUCAGAUACAAGUGGGUCUAGUCGAAUGUCACCAGUGACAUCUACGUCUCAUAUCACAACCAAGGUCACUGCGACGGCUAAUAUAAAGGUUGAAGUUCAUACACCGUUAACUAUAGGUACAGUGGAUCGUAGCGAAAAAUGCAGACACACGACUUCCAGUAGCCGAAGGAGCUCGCGCUGCAGUGCGAACGUUAAUGCUGGGGAGUCUUCCGGUUCCGGUUCUGAACCGGAUUCAGACACUAACCCAAAUAAACACUAAUAAUAAGUACCGGGAAGACCGGCAGCUGCUGCUCAAAUACCAUGCAAAGCGGGAACAUACAGAAGGCUGACUAGGAUAGAUUUAUAGUUUCUUUUCUUCUUUCUUUUCUUUAUACAUCGUAUGGCGAUGUGCGGGUACCCAAAGUUUAAAUAGCAAUGGCUUUAUUCGAGAUAAGUCCGCGUAAUGUUCUCACAUGACACGUUUCACCUCUCUCUUAAUCUUUUGUAAACUAGAUAUACGAACUAAUCUAUUCACUGCCCUUAUUUUAUAUAAAACACCGCGGACGAACAACGUGGAAAGCCAAUGAUCAGAGUUUACCAGGUACUCUCACAUCGUUAAUAACGCAAUGUGCUUGUCCUCUUUGAAUUAAAGAACAAAAGUAUUAUGACUCAGAAAUACUGAAUCGAUACACGCAGUGAUACAUUGUAUAUAAAUGUCCGCGAAGAUGCAUUUAUAUUUGUAUCGUACGUCCAAUGCGGGCCAUACGUACGAACAGAAUGUUCGUAAUUCACUUUCAACGCAUUGAACGUGUGAUAAAUUAUUGGGAUAUAUAUAUAUAUAUGUAUAUGUAUAUGUAUAUGUAUAAAAUGAUAUUUUUAACAAAUCUACUUAGGAGCAUGUCAAAGAAAAUGCUUUACUACACGCUCUGUGGUAUACGACAGUUUCCAUGAAACUAUAAGGAUAUUAUUUUAUGAACUAGAAAAAUUUCAACGUCUGUUCUAUAAUUGUUAAUAAUACGACGAAGAUUGAAAAACUGGAAAUGUUUCGGGUGUUUAUAGAACUUUUCCUAACAACUUAUUGUAAAGUCCGUUAUACAAAACAAACCUAUUAUUAUAUAGUAACAUAUUUUUGGAAACGUUUAUCCGUCAGAAAUAUAUAUGUAUAUAUAUAUUGAGACGUUUUCUUUUCUAGAAAAUACUAAUAGUAUUAUGCGCAUAAUAUGUAGUUUGAGAUUUUUGCGGACAAUACAUGACUUUCUUUUUGGGUCUAAUUACGUGCAGAUUAAUCGUUGGUACCCUUUUGGGUAUAUAGGUGACCGAAGGUUUACAGAUUACAUUUACGUAAUACUGUUUAGGGAGAACUUUCUAAUUUAGAAGUAAUUACGACGAUGUAGCUCUCUUGCGCCGUUUUUUUGCAACGACUACAAUGUGGUGCCUUGAAAAUGAUAAUAAAAUUUCGAGUAACUAUUUAUUUUAUACACUAACAGUUAUAGUGCAGUGUGUAUAUGACUUCGAGCGAUAUUAAAUUUAAAAUCUAUUUAUUAUUUAUUUCUACGUGUCUACUUUGAUAUCACGAUUAUUUAAAGCGUUUCGUUUUGUACAAUGCCUAUUUCAUAUGAUAAUUUGUAAAAAUACUUCAUUAUUUAUGUCACCCUAUAUAUUUUUAUAUAAAACCGUUACUUAAUUUAAUAAAAUAAGUCGAUCUAUCCGAUUCGUACCUCUUAUGUAAAAAGGUGUAAUAUAUUAUUCCACAGCCAAUAUGUAUGUAUGUUUAUGUUUUUUUUGUUAGGUAUGAGACAGAAUUAUGUACAAUAAGAGAAGUAUUUUUAUGUGAAGUCAAUCUUGUAAACAUACAGAAUGCAGAUAAGGUAUUUAAUGAAAGAAGACGUUCUAUUAGAGAUGUAGAAUCUUUAUUGUGCAUAAAAA